AUGGGGUCUGUACGAGCUACCGACGUGGUCGGUGUGGCCGCUUUGCUGACGCUCUUGCUGGCCAGCUCCAGCUGUCGUGUCGAGGGCGCCGCAAUUCUGACGCACCUCGCCCCUGAAGCCUUCCCUCAACUCAGCGACGUGACUUGCGGCGGUGGUGUGGCCAAGUGUCCCACCAACAACACCUGCUGCAAGCUGUCUUCCGACGGCUAUGGCUGCUGCCCAUACCUCGAUGGCGUGUGCUGCAAGGACGGCGCGCACUGCUGCCCUGCCAAUCACACAUGCAACCCUUCCAACGGACAAUGCAUCUCAUCCCUGGCCACGGUCUUCGCCAUGCCCGCCUGGACUUCCCUUGCCAGCGCCAAAUCCCCGGUGCCUGCGCGUGCGCGUACGGGCAAUGCAUCAAGCCUUGGAGAUAUCUGCCCAGAUCACCGCUCCGAGUGCAGCCCCGAACACACUUGCUGCCUGACCACCGAUGGCUCCUAUGGCUGCUGCCCUUUCUUCGACGCCCAAUGCUGUGACAACAACCAUUGCUGUCCCGAGGGCAACGAGUGUGCUCCCGAUGGCACCUGCGUCAACACCCUGACUGGUGUGCGCAGCCCAGCCUCGAACAUCAUGACCUCCCUCGCCAACGUGGUUUGCCCAGACAAGUCGCAGUGCGCUGAAUCCACCACCUGCUGCUCGGCCCCCAAUGGCGGCUACGGCUGCUGCCCGCUUCAAGAUGCCAACUGCUGCGCAGACCAGAUGCAUUGCUGCCCUCAGGGUACGGUUUGCAAUGCUACCGCUGGUGGCUGUACCCGGGCCACUCUUGAUGAGGCUUUGCCCUGGACCUUGGUCGGUGCGGGCCCCGCGCCGGCCGCUGCCGCUUGGACUCUGCUGCCCCAGGAGCGCACACAAGCUUGUUCGGCAGAGGGAACUGCAUGCCCCAUGAAUACGACCUGCUGUAAACUCGAGUACGGCGCGCAGGCUUGCUGCCCCUUGCCCAAUGCCACGUGCUGUGGCGACGUUGAAGGCCAUUGCUGUCCCGGCGACCGCGAAUGUGAUCUGACCUCCAUGACCUGUCUUUCCCGAAACAACGUGUCCAAUACUCUCUUGGCCUUGCGUGCCCCCAUGGCUGAUCUGGCUGCUGUUCCCGCUAGCCCCACGCUGCGCGGUCUGGCUACCGAUGAAAUCUUGUGUCGCUUGCUUGAUGUCAACUUUGUCUGCCCCGCCUCGGCGCAGUGUUGCGCGGAUCCCCGUGAAACCCUGCUGCGUGGCACUUCCGCCGACGCUGCGCUUCGUGCCGCAUGCUGUGACUCUCAGGGUGUGGCCAUUGCCGAUCCAUGGUUCAUGUAA